ACUUUAACUAUCGGUUAUCGAUUGACAGGUAUACAUUACAAACAAGACUUUUAAAGCAAAUGCGUUUAUGUAUAUGACUUAUCCUUUAACCACGGGUAGUAAAAUACUUCAAUAUCUAUUUAUGUAUACACACUUAAUUGGAAAUGGAAAGUGUUAUGUCGUACAAGCUGAUUGUUAAGCGUAUGUAUUCGUUAUUGUGAAGUACUCGUUGCUAGGAACGAGGCGUCUAUCGUAUUUUACCAACUCCUCUUUUAUUUUAUUGGGAGGAAGUUACGCAAACAUAAACAUUUAUAGUGGAAAUAGUUUUUGAAAGGAUUUGUUUUUAUCCAGACUGUGUUUAAAGAAAUACGAAAGCUGUCGGCUUAAUUAGAAGUUAUGGCGGCGAAAGGGACCAAUCCCCAGGCUAAUGCAGCUUCAAAAUGUAACUUCGUCGCACAGGAUCAGAUCUGGAAAGAUCAUGUCAAACUAGAGGAAACAGCGGCCAAAUACUGGCCAGAUAACUGGAAUUUUCUAACAACAAAAUACGAGGACCUGGUAAAGGAUGAUAUGCCAAAAAGAGAAAAACGACACAAAGACGUGGAACCGAUUGAAGCACAUCCUGUAACUCCUAUAGAAAAGUAUAUCAAAGUUGAUCCGUCUCCUAGACCAUAUCCGAAAACUACUGCACAGAAUAUAGGCUGGCGAUCCUCUCACAGAGAUCUAGCGCUGGAUAAAUAUGGAAAAUAUGCAAAUCCAAAAGGAGGUCUUAUAAGACAGUUAAACUGGCCAUCCGAAGCAAUUUCCUAGGGAAAUGCCAAUCUAAAAUAAUAACACCAGUAUACUUGUUAUGAUUUUUUUUUCUGCAAGUUUUUGUGAGACUCAUGUAGACGGUUUAAGCUAACAUACCUAUAAUCAUAAUAAUGGGUAACUGCAAAUAUCGGCAUAAUUCGUGAAUGCCUUUGUCUAGGGCACAACGCGCUAAAAGAAACCUAGUUUUUACAUUUUGUUGACAAACGCACUUCCCCCAGGCUUUUAUCUGAAUUUUGAACAAUAAAAGAAGUUUAUACAUGCCGUAAUUGAUACGAAAAUUAUAUUGCCACAUUGUAAAAUUUGGCUCAUUCUUUAGAAUCCAUAUCGUAUACGGCUGUGGUGUACCACUCCCAUUUCUUUUAUAAAGUCUGCUGUUAAAAUAUUUUAAGAUGAAAAAUAUACAAAAUAGGUCAGUCGUAGAUCAGCUUUAUGGUAAAUGAAGUAAUGGAUAAAGCUCUGCAGAACAUUAAUAAAUUGUCCAGAGCCCAGACCGUCCCGAAGUUAGGCGAUUUUUACCGAUAUUUUACGAUGUUUGCCUUUAUCUAUUUAUUGCCUAUGACCUUAAGCAUUGUGAAAGUGUUUUAUCCAUGUUUUGUUAUGACUGAAGUUUUAUAAAAAUAUAUGAAAAUAUGUGAAAGUGACCAUGUGACAAUAUCAGAAUGUUCUUUCGUCUUUGUAUGAACCACGGCUUUGCAAUGUGUUACAAUACCGUUCAGUUUUAUACUUUGUCAGUAUUAUUACACGUUAUUUUGUAUAGACAUAUAUAUGACUUUUAUAAUUUUAUAUUAUGGUUGACAAGGAUGCAUACUGAUUUAUUUAUUCGAAUGUCUGUGUAAACAUAUCACAGUUGUAUAAUAAAACAUUUUAAAAAAACUUUGGAGCGU